AUGAAUACCCCAGUGGUUGCUGAUUCAAAUGAUGAUGGAACAUUCACCCAAGAACUAGAAAUAGAGCAAAUGAGAAGUACAUUGGAGGAGGCGAUUAUGGAAACGCGCGGUACGCCUCUCGAAAAUCGACCGCGACUUCCCCGCAUAGCCCUAAGCAAGCGGAAUCGGGCUGUCGUGAGGGCUCUGAACCCAAUGCUGGUGACCUAUAUGGAAGCCAGCCGGGACCUUUGCGAGACGGACUCAAUUCUCUUUGGCGCCGCACUGGCAGUCUGCCGUAUUAUAGGCGCCAAACUUUCCACGGCCGGACGCACUACUGGACAAAGUAGUGCUAUCCCAGCCUGGAGAACAAGAAUUGAAGAACGUAUCGUAAAGGCUAGGGCCCUCAUCGGCAGACUGAUAUGCUUCAGGUUAGGCAAUACCAGGCCAAGGAUUGUGCGCACCGUCAGGAUGGCGUUUGCUGGGACAAAUGUUAGUUUGUCCCAGCCGGAUAUAAUGCAAAAACUGACGGAGCGCAUAGACGACCUGAAGCAGAGAAUCGCUGCUUGGGGAAAGCGAAUUCGGCGAUAUACCGAGAGGUCGACAAGGUUCAACCAGAAUCGUCUCUUCCAGAGUGAACAGAAGAUGCUCUAUAAAUCAUUGGAGCGACCAAUGGUAAGUGGAACGGGCCCAGUACCGAAACAGGCCGACACGGUCGCAUUCUGGCGCAGCCUGUGGUCAGAGCCCGUAAACCACAACGAGGGCCCUUGGACGGAAGUUGUGGCGAGUCAAUGUGCGGGUAUUACGCCCAUGGACCCCGUCACCAUAACGCCGGAUGACGUAGCUGAGGCGGUCCGUAGGGCACCGAACUGGAAAAGUCCGGGACUCGACGGGCUGCAUCACUACUGA